CACCAGCAGUGUGUGAGGAGACCUGAAAGUGGCACAUGGCAGAGUGUGGCGAUGGAGACAGCAGCAAUGGGAGGCCGUACAGGGACCCAUGAGAGACUCUGGACCUGGCAGCAGCAUGCAUGAGGAGGCGAGUGUGGCGAUGGAGACAGCAGCAAUGGGAGGCCGUACAGGGACCCAUGAGAGACUCUGGACCUGGCAGCAGCAUGAGGAGGCGGUAUAUAGGGGCCUAUGGCAGAUUAGGGGCCUGGCAGCAGCUAUAGGAGGCCCGUAAUCUGCCAGCACCCUAUGUCAAAAAAUUCUACACACCAGCAGUGUGAGGAGACCUGAAAGUGGCACAU